GAAAAAUGAAAAGUAGGUUCACCGGAAAGGGGUUUUCUUUGCGCUUCUGUGACAGCUCACGCAUUCUUGCAGAGCAGCUCUCUAACAAGCAAUUAAGGUGCCAAAAUGUGGUCUUUCAUCUGCGGUCUUUAUCGCCGCUUCAUCGAAUUCAUCUUCAGCUUCCUCACCCGAAAGAGGGCUGCUAUAACCCUAGAGGACCCUAACAUAAAAUAUGCUUUGCGAUUACUGGAUAAAAAGAUCAUCACCCAUGACACGAGGAAAUUCCGUUUUGCCCUGCCUUCUCCAGACAAUGUCCUCGGUCUUCCCAUUGGACAACACAUAUACCUGUCGGCCAAAGUAGACGGGAAACUGGUGGUUAGGCCGUACACACCAGUGUCUAGCGAUGACGACAAGGGCUUUGUAGACUUGGUGGUCAAGAUUUACUUCAAGAACGUCAAUCCCAAGUUUCCUGAGGGGGGCAAGAUGUCUCAGUACCUGGAGAGCCUCCAGCUCAAUGAAACCAUCGACUUCCGAGGGCCUAGCGGCCUGUUGAUCUACAAUGGCAAAGGAGAGUUUGCCAUUCAGCCAGAAAAAAAAGCACCGGCUGUAAUCAAAAAGGCCAAGCAUGUGGGCAUGAUCGCAGGAGGAACUGGGAUCACCCCCAUGUUGCAGAUCAUCACGGCUGUGAUGAAGGAUAGCGAGGACACUACUGUGUGUCACCUGCUCUUUGCCAACCAGACAGAGAAAGACAUCCUGCUUCGGCCCGAGUUGGAGGAGAUCCAGGCUAACCACUCACAGCGUUUCAAGCUGUGGUUCACGCUGGAUAGGGCCCCAGAGAACUGGGAUUACAGCGAAGGCUUCAUCAGUGAGGACAUGGUGAGGACCCAUCUUCCUGCACCUGCAGACGACACCCUCAUCCUCAUGUGCGGCCCCCCUCCAAUGAUCCAGUUUGCCGCCAACCCUAACCUGGACAAGGUGGGCCACUCCAGCAGCAGACGGUUCACCUUCUAAAGUCCACGAUGCUGGAGGGCAGGGAGUCCAGGCCCAGAUCCUGUUCCAAAGCAUUUAAAGCGCACUUGCAGCACUCUUGCAUCACUUUUGGACCAUUUGCUAGGUCAGUUUAUAUUAUUACUGAAUCCGUGUGGUGUACAAUUUAAUCUGCUGUUUUCCCAAGUGGAGGAUUGGAGCGUCUAAAGCAUUGUCUGAUGGGUGGUCUCUACCCUUACAUUUGUAUCCCUGACUGAAAGUUAUUAUGGCUGGCAGGAAAAGUUUUGAAAGGUACAGUAUGUCUACAUGUUUAUGGUUUGUAAAGUCAACUUAUGUCGAGUGCCUUAAUGUUAUCUGUAACUAUGGUUUGAUACGCACUGCACUAUGCCAUGGCUCAUUGCCUUUCAGUCGUCAUGCAAGCUGUUCUGGUGAUCAUGUCAAAGGUCAUUGCAUUGGUUCACUGCAUAAAGAAGCUACUGGGAAGGUUAAUGUUUGUUAAUGAGUUGUUGCUCAUGUAUCCUUAACUUUUGAUUAUGCACUAUGUUCAGUAAAUAUUUGAUUGCUUAUGAAA